CAGAAAGGUCUUCAGUGAGUCCUGAGGAGCUGGAAAGUAUCGCUGCAGGUGGAGGAGAACUCUGCGUCAUGGAGUUCAUCACAGACGUCACUGCCGUCAUUGAUGGAGCCGGUUACAAAGACAAGGAGAGAUUAAUAAAGAUUCUUCAGCCUUACAGUCCUGAGAGAAAAAGUUCCUGCUACAUCGUGAGAGGAAGCUAUGAGGAAGUGGAGCGUCUUUCAAACAAACUGUCAGCAAUGAAACAUCACUUCAGUCCUGCCACACACGGACGAACCCUUCGGCAAGAUCCUGCUCCAGCCAGUGUGAAAUCAGUGGUCGUGUCCUCGGUAGUUAUGAGCUACAUUCAGCAAAAAUGUGCAAAAGAACUUGACAAAAUUCAAGGGAACAAUUUUGUCAUUGAAAUACAGCCUGACCUCAGAACAGCACACAGUAACCCCGGUGUCACAGUACAGGUGACUUUUAGACCACAGCAUACCUCCGUACGGCCUGUUCAUGCUGACUAUGUCAGACAGAGAUUCAUCACAUUCUACCAGAGAACAGCCUCUGACUUGGAGUCCACAUUGGUCCCUGUGAGUUCACAAAGCCACAAAGACCUGCAGAGGAGAUUUCCACAACUCCUCAUUACACCCAGCUUCAUCAAAGAUGAAGCAAAAGUGAGCGGGCCUUUUAUGCACAUUGCUCAAUUGAAAGAUUUCCUUUUAAAAAAUACACCAAGUCCAAGCAAGAGUCCAGUCAGCAAAGGUGCAGCAAGCAGCAGAAGUCCAAGCAGCAGAACCUCAGGUCCUCAACCUACACACAGCAAAGAUCCUGAGGAUGAACCAUGUCUAAUCUGUAUGGAAACAAUAGUCACAACAGAAAAGGAGACGCUGCGGUGCAAACACUCCUUCUGCAGAGACUGUCUGAAAAGAGCUUUCGACUACAAGCCUGUGUGCCCAACCUGUGGACGGUUAUAUGGCACGUUGACAGGGACACAGCCAGAUGGAGGCAGAAUGACUGUCACCAAAAACUCUUCAUCUCUGCCUGGAUACAACAAAUAUGGAACAAUAAUCAUCCAGUACUACAUUCCAAGUGGCAUCCAGAAGGAGGCGCAUCCUAACCCUGGUCAGCCAUAUGAAGGUGUGUCCCGUACAGCCUAUCUCCCAGACUCCUCGGAGGGCAGGAUGAUCGUCAAACUGCUGAGACGAGCCUUUGAUCAGAAGCUCAUCUUCACUGUUGGUCAGUCCACCACCAGCGGCAGGAACAACACAGUCACAUGGAAUGAUAUUCACCACAAAACCUCCACACACGGAGGACCAACACAUUAUGGAUAUCCAGACCCUGGCUAUAUGAGCCGAGUUCAAGACGAACUGAAAGCCAAGGGGAUUGAAUGAGUCAACAAAUAAAUGUACUACGAUGAUGUAUGAAGUUACACUACUAUCUUUACAAACAUCUUCUCUGAUUGUAAAAUUAAAAUUAGAUGUUAGAGAUUAUGACACAGAUUGACCACAAAGAGGCUUCAUUAAUGUAAUUUGAUAUGUCAUAAAUAAUGACACGUUAGUCAACCAUAGUUUCAACUGUUUUCUACUAUCAUUCUUCAUCCUUCUUGGAUUAUUUUUUAUUGACUUGUUCUUUUAUAUUUAUUUUCACUAAAUAUAGAAAAGUUUAUAUUUGUAAAUGAACAAUCGAUUCCUAUUGACCUUUUGAAUGUUAAACUUCAUGAUGUGUAAACAACUUAUUUUGCUGGUGAUGCUAACUGGGUUAUCUUGAUAUAUAGUGUCUAUUUUGCAUUUGUAGUAGCUUGUGUAUCCAAUAUUCACAGCUCAUGUAGCACUGGUAAAAUGAUUUGUUGUCAGGUCUGGGGGGUUUAAUUACCACUGUAUGAUAAGAGGAGCAUAUACACCUUACCUGAAACCCAGGUGAGCUCAGCUGAGUUUCCACAGUUGCUCCACUCACUGCAUCAA